AUGAGUGGGUGGCUCCUACUCCUCGCCCUGCUUCUGGCCCCCCAGGCUGCUGCCGCACAGAAGAGGAGCCAAGUGGUGUGUGAGAACGUGCUGGAGGCUGACAUCGCCUUCCUGGUGGAUGGCUCGUCCAGCAUCGGCCGGAACAACUUCCGUGCCAUCCGCACCUUCGUGGAAGACCUGGUGUCACCCUUCGUGCACGUGGUGGGUGAGAAGGCGGUGCGCUUCGCCGUGGUGCAGUACAGCGAUGAUCCACGGGUGGAGUUUGGCUUCUCCCAGCACACCAAUGGCACAGGCAUCCUGAGAGCCAUCCAGCAGCUGAGCUACAAGGGCGGCAACACACGGACCGGCACUGGGCUGCGCUACGUCUCUGACAACUUCUUUGGUCCCACACAGCUCCGGCCCGGAGUCCCAAAGAUCUGCAUCCUCAUCACGGAUGGCAAGUCCCAGGAUGAUGCUGAGCAGCCGGCACUGAGGUUGAAGAGCCAGGGCAUCAAGGUCUUUGCUGUGGGGAUCAAGAAUGCCGACCGCCAGGAGCUGAUCCGCGUGGCCUCACUGCCUACUGACUCCUUCUUCUUCUAUGUGGGUGACUUCAAGCUGCUGGGGACACUGGUGCCACUGAUGACACGCAGGGUGUGCACAAGCUCAGGGGGCACGCUACGCACCCCUGCCCCACGUCCCCCCACAGAUGGAGCAGGCCAUGCUGGUCCCUCCAACCUGGAGGUCCUGGAGCACGGCCCCGAUGUGCUGCGCAUCCGCUGGAGCCCAGCCAGCGGUCCCGUCACCGGCUAUAGGGUGCAGCGUGUCCCACUGACGGGGCUGGGGCAGCCGCUGGCAGCUGAGCGACAGGAGGUGAGUGUGGGUCCGCGGGAGACAAGCACUGUGCUGCGGGGGCUGCGUGCAGGGACGGAGUACCUGGUGACUGUCAUCGCUCAGUAUGCCAACAGCGUCAGUGAGUCGGUGUCUGCGCGGGCACGCACCCAGAGUCGUGGCGGCGUGCAGCAUUUCCACGUGGUCGAGGCUGGGCCGACCUUCCUGAGGCUGUCCUGGCAGCCCGGCCCCGAGCCACCCCAGGGCUACAUCCUCAGCUACGCCGUGCCAGGAAUGCCCCAGAGUGAGGAGAGGAGCCUGGGGGCUGGUGCACUGUCGGCCACACUCAGCAACCUGCGCCCCAACACCGAGUACGUGGUGACGCUGCGGGCACGCUAUGUGCAGCAGCCUGCAGCCACUGCCAGCCUCACUGCGCGGACACAGGCAGGCACGGAGCAGACGCUGCGGACCAACAUCCUGAGCCCCACAUCCAUUCAGGUGCUCUGGACUGCCAUCCGUGAGGCCCGUGGCUACCGCCUGGAGUGGAAAAGAGCUACAGGGCUGGAGACUCCCAGGACAGUGUCGCUGCCCAGCAGUGCCAGCACCUAUCAGCUGACAGGGCUGCAGCCAGGCACUGAGUACCGCAUCACUCUGUACACACUGUAUGAAGGUGGGGAGGUGGCCACCCCUGUCACCACCUUCCAGACAGGUGUGGAGGUACCAGUGGGUGCGGUGUCGGAUCUCCGUCUCAUCGAGGAUUUGGGCAGGAGGGUGCGGCUGGGCUGGACUGGCGUCCCCGGUGCCACUGAGUACAAAGUGACAGUGCGCAAUACCCAGGACGGCACCGAGAGGACGAGGCGCAUCCCAGGCACGCAGACAGUGCUGGAGCUGGGUGACCUGCGGGAAGGUGUCACCUACCUGGUGCGCGUCUCAGCCCUCGUGGGCAGCCGGGAGGGCAGUGCUGCUGCACUCAGCAUCCACGUCAAGUUCCCACCAGUGGGCAGUGUCUCGGAGCUACGGGUGACGGAGGCCGGCCCCAACCAGCUGCGGGUCACAUGGAGGGGGCUACCAGGAGCCGGGGGGUACCGGCUGACAUGGAGGGCCAGCGAUGGUCAGGAGCAGUCCCGCUUCCUCCCUGCCAACCCUACUGCCUACACCAUCGAGGGGCUGCGAGCUGGCACCGUCUAUGCCAUUGGUGUCUCAGCCAUCAUGGAUGGCCGCGAGGGUCCUCCUGUCACCACCAUGGGGAGGACAGCAGCUGAGCAGGUGGGGACAGUAUCCCGGCUGGAGGUGCAGUCAUCCAGGAGCAAUGUUGCCCGUGUCACAUGGGUCGGUGUGCCAGGAGCCACAGCUUACCGUGUGGUGUGGAGCCGUCGGGACGGUAGCACAGGAUGGGGACAAGGGUGGGGCAGUAAUGAUGGUGGCACCAGGGCUGAUGUGUUGCCCUCGGCAGGGGGCUCGGAGAAGAGCCAGCAUGUUCCCGGCCACAUCAGCUCCUUUGACAUCCCCGACCUGGAGGGAGGUGUCUCCUACACUGUGAAGGUCACAGCGCUCAUAGGCAACCAUGAGGGCAACCCUGUGUCCAUCAUCGUUACCACCCCGGAGGCGGCCCCAGUGCCCCCUGUUAGCAACUUGCAGGUGAUGGAGGCCUCGGAGCAUCGCCUGCGCCUCGCAUGGGUGCCAGUGUCUGGCAGCAGCGGGUACCGCCUGGUCUGGCGCCCAGCUGAGGGUGGUCCCCAGCGCAGCCAGCAGCUUCCAGCUACCACCAGCUCCUAUGACCUGGGAGGGCUGGAGCCAGGCCGGCGCUACCACAUCAGCAUCACCAGCAUGGUGGGCAGCCGGGAGAGCACGCCAGUCGCCGUCACCACUGCCACUGCCUCUUCGAGUCAUGCCACCAGCCUGCGAGUGACAGAGGUGCAGAGAGACUCCGUGACAUUGUCCUGGACCCCUGUCCCUGGUGCUUCUGAGUACGUCCUGUCCUGGACCCCCCCUGCAGCGGGCGGUGAGGCACGGCGCGUGGUGCCGGGCACUGCCAGCUCCCUACAGGUCCCUGGGCUGCGCUUGGGCCAGCGCUACACCUUCACCAUCCGCCCGCUUCUGGGGAGCACACCUGGUGCUGAGAGCUCCAUCAGCGAGCGACCAGUCUGCAGGGACGCCCGAGGGGAUAUUGUCUUCUUGGUGCAUGGCACACGUGACAGCUCUUCGGGUGCUGACACUGUCCGCACACUCCUCUCCAACACUGUCACCGCUCUUGGCCGCCUGGGCCCCGAUGGCACCCAGGUGGGCCUGGCCACGUACAGCUACCGCAGCCUGCCCUGGCUGCUCCUCAACCGCUCCAGCGAGCUGCCCACCGUGCUGGAGCAAAUUCGCACCAUGCGCUACGAGGAGCCCAGCGGCAAUGCCAUAGGGGCAGCCAUCACCUUUGCUAGGACCUACCUGCUGAGCCCUGGCGCAGGACGGCGGCCCGGUGUGCCGGCGGUGCUGGUGGUGCUGGCCGAUGGCCCCUCUGGGGAUGAUGCCAUCACUGCUGCCAGGGAUGCCAAGGCAGCGGGGGUACGAGUGCUGGCAGUGGGCUUGGAGGGUGCAGACCAGGAGCAGCUCCGGCGCAUGGUCAGUGGUGAGGACCCACGCUUCGUCUUCCGCAACCGUGGUGCCCUGUCAGAAUUGGAGGGAGAGCUCACUGAUGACCUCUGUACCAUCAUCUCCACCAGGCCAGAGCCGGAGCCAAAGCCCUGCACUGUGCAGUGCCCCAAGGGAGAGAAGGGAGACCCUGGUGUGGCAGGGCCACAGGGGCGUGUGGGGCAGCCAGGCCCCCCUGGAGAACCGGGCCGCCAUGGACUGCCUGGCCCUCCAGGACCUGUGGGACCACGAGGGCCACCAGGAGAGAGCGUUGAGCAGCUGGGCAAGAAGGGGGACAGGGGCUUCCCUGGAGCUGAUGGGCGGCCAGGGCUUCCUGGCCCCCCCGGGAACCCUGGGUCCCCUGGCCAGCCGGGAAACCAGGGCAUUCCUGGCCCCCGAGGGGAUCCUGGGCCACGGGGAACAGCGGGGCAUCCUGGCUUGAAGGGGGAAAAAGGCGAGCCGGGUAGCACUGGCCCCCCCGGCAACCCUGGCCCACGAGGUCCCUUUGGUGACCCAGGUCCUCCGGGUCCCCUUGGGCCAAUGGGGCCACCAGGACCUGCAGGAGACUCUGUGAAGGGGGAGAAGGGUGAUCGAGGGGAGAGGGGUCCACCUGGGGAGCCCGGCCCACGGGGACUUGCUGGUACUCCCGGCCCCAAGGGUGAGAAGGGCGACGGUGAGGAGGGAUUCCCAGGGCCACCUGGCCGUGCAGGGGACCCUGGAGAGCGGGGCCCACGGGGACCUCCGGGAGAGCAAGGCAGGAAGGGAGAGCGCGGGGCACCAGGCGAGCUGGGGGAGACGGGCCAGAAGGGAGAACGUGGUGCACCUGGCCCCGAGGGUGAGAAGGGAGUACCCGGACCAGCUGGGCCACGGGGCGAGAAGGUGAGGGAGAAGCAGGGACUGGGACUGGGGCUGUGGGGAGGGGAUGGCACUGACCCCAUGUGUCUGCAGGGUGAUGUAGGAGCACCCGGUGAACCUGGCCAGCCGGCUCCCAGCGUGGCCAGUGUCAGAGGAGAGAAGGUAGCCUUGUCCCUGACCUUUGGUAGUGUCCCCAUGGCACAGCUGGGACAGGGGCACGGCACAGUGGUGCUGGAUGCUGGCACCGUGGGGAUGCCCAUGCUGAUCCUCAGCUGCAGCAUGGGGAAGGGAGAAUCUGGGGGGGCUAAUGGUGCCAUUUUCAUCUGCUCCAGGGUGACAGAGGAUUUCCAGGACCAGAGGGGCCUCCUGGCCCCAAGGGGUGUCCCUGGCCUGAGCAUCCCAGGACCAGUUGGCCCCAAAGGCGAGCAGGGCGAGCGGGGCAUUACCGGCCUCACUGGCAGGAGCGGCCCCAAGGGUGAUGUGGGGGAGCCAGGCGAGAAGGGUGAGCCAGGCAGAGUGGGUGCACCAGGACAGCCAGGGCAGCGUGGCAAGGAGGGUGAGCGUGGAGAGAAGGGUGAUGAAGGCACCCCGGGUGAAGCAGGCGUGCCUGGCAAACCUGGAGACAGGGGUCCACGGGGGCUGCCUGGGUACCGCGGCUCCCCUGGAGAGAAAGGCGACCUUGGAGACCCAGGUCCUGAAGGCAGAAAUGGCAUUCCUGGAGCACCUGGCACCAAAGGUGACCGCGGGGAGCCGGGCCCUCCUGGACCCCCAGGACGAGCUGUAAGCUGUACCCUCCCCCUUCCCUGCCAGCAGGUCUGUGCCCGCUCUGAUGUCCCCUCUCUGCUCCACAGGUGGAUGUGGGGCUUGGAGGAGCAGGAGAGAAGGCAUCCCUGCCAGGGGGAUGCUGGGGAUCCGGGCGAGGAUGGAGCGAAGGGGGCCAAGGGUGAGAGUGGCCCCCCCGGACUGCCGGGAUUGAGUGGCAUUGAAGGCCCCCGCGGCCCCCCCGGUGCACGGGGUGACCCUGGGGACCGAGGCUUGCCUGGAGAGAAGGGGGAACGUGGCCCACCGGGGCUGGAUGGCCGCAAUGGGCUGGAGGGGAAACCUGGCCCCCCGGGACCCACCGGACUGAGGGGGGACCCAGGGAAGCAGGGGGACCCUGGCCGAGAUGGGCUGCCUGGACUGCGGGGGGAGCAGGGACCGCCUGGCACAAUAGGACCGCUGGGACCACCUGGUAUCCCUGGAAAACCCGGUGAUGAUGGCAAACCUGGCCUAAAUGGCAAGAAUGGAGAAGACGGGACGCCAGGAGAAGAUGGGAGAAAGGGAGACAAAGGUGAUGCCGGAGCCCCUGGCAGAGAUGGCCACAGCGGUGCCAAGGGCGAGCAGGGGGACAGAGGCAUGCCUGGCCUCCCUGGCCCCCCUGGUGUCCCUGGUGUCCCAGGGCAGGUCGGCCCCCCAGGCCAGGGCUCACCCGGCCUCCGUGGGAUCACUGGACCAAAGGGGGACCCAGGGGAGCCAGGACCACGAGGGGAGCCGGGGCGGCCUGGCGUCAGCGGAGACCCUGGGACUGCAGUGAACAUCGAACGUAGCCUGGAAGCCCUUGGCAUCAAGAUCUCAUCUCUGAAAGAGCUGACGGGUGCCUAUGAUGGGAGCUCAGACUCCUUUCUGCCCGUGUCCGAACGGCUGCGGGGGCAGAAGGGCAGCCGGGGGGAGCCAGGGGAGAGGGGUCCUCCAGGCCGGGAGGGUUCCUUAGGCUUCCCUGGUGAGCGAGGACCCAAAGGUGACAAAGGGGACCAAGGUGCCCCUGGUCCUCAGGGCCCUGCAGGCCGGGCUGUGGGUGAGCGGGGCCUGGAGGGGCCACCAGGGCAGCCGGGGGAGCCAGGCAAGCCAGGCAUCCCAGGGGUGCCUGGCCGGGCUGGUGAGCUGGGGGAGGCUGGGCGACCUGGUGAGAAGGGUGAUCGGGGUGAGAAGGGCGACCGGGGUGAGCAGGGCAGAGACGGCUUGCCAGGCCCCCCAGGACCUCCAGGGCCCAAGGCAGACGCAAUGGAGGGCAGCCUGAUGGGCUUCCCAGGCGAGCGUGGUCCCCCCGGACUUAAGGGAGUGAAGGGUGAGCCUGGUGCCGAGGGCGAGCGAGGACCCAAAGGAGAUAAGGGUGAAGGCGGCUCACGGGGUGAGCGAGGAGAGCCUGGCGAGAAGGGCAGGGAUGGCUCUCCAGGCCUCCCAGGAGAGAGGGGUCUGGCUGGCCCCGAGGGGAAGCCGGGCUUGCCAGGUUUCCCCGGUGUGCUGGGCCGCCCGGGCAAUCAGGGAGAGCCAGGGCCACCAGGACCUCCGGGUGCUGCUGGCCCACCAGGGAGCCAGGGUCCAUCUGGGAUGAAGGGUGAUCCAGGGGAACCUGGUGCUGGCAUCCGGGGAUUGCCUGGUCCCCAGGGAAGCAUGGGACUGCCUGGCCCUCCAGGACCCCCUGGUCUGGUGGGCCCACCAGGUGCUCCUGGGCUGCCAGGACAAGUGGGGGAGAGUGGCAAGCCAGGUGUGCCUGGGCGAGAUGGUGUGCCAGGGAAGGAUGGCGAACCAGGGAUGCCUGGGAAGUUGGGUGUGCCAGGACCAUCAGGCCCUACUGGCCCCAAAGGGGAGCCAGGGGAUGCGGGAGCGCCGGGGCAGGGCAUCGCUGGCCCUCCUGGUGCCAAGGGCGAGAAGGGUGAGCCGGCGCUGCUGGAGGGCGUGCUGCUGGGUGAACCUGGCUCCAAAGGUGCCCGAGGUUUGCCCGGCCCCAAGGGUGAGAAGGGGGAGCCUGGAGGAGCUGGGGAGCCUGGAGACCCCGGCGAAGAUGGAGCCAAGGGAUCAUCUGGAGUCAAGGGGGAAAAGGGCACUCCAGGUGUCGGUGUGCGGGGACCACCAGGACAGGAUGGGCCUCCAGGUUUGAAGGGCGACAUCGGUUUGCCAGGACCUCCUGGACCCCCGGGAUUAGUGGGCAUCGCUGGGGCACCGGGACAGCCAGGUCUGAGAGGGGAGAGCGGGCAGCCUGGCCCACCAGGAGCCCCUGGAGAGCGGGGUGCAAUUGGCUUCCCUGGGAGAGAUGGUGCCGCAGGGCCACCCGGACCCCAAGGGCCCCCAGGGCCAGCGGGCAUACAAGGGGCCUCGGGGCUGAAGGGUGACAAGGGUGACCCAGGGGCUGGGCUGCCAGGAGCCAGAGGUGAACGUGGAGACCCAGGACCACGGGGUGAAGAUGGGCGCCCAGGGCUGGCAGGCGACCGUGGGCCAAUGGGCUUGCCUGGGAACCGAGGGGAGCGUGGGGACAAGGGAGAUGUCGGGGCCGUCGGGCCCAAAGGAGACAAGGGUGAUACCAUUGUGGUGGAAGGGCCUGCUGGGGCGAGAGGCAGCAAGGGGGAGCCGGGAGACCGUGGUCUAAAGGGCUCCGAAGGGGACAAAGGGGACAAGGGGGAGCAGGGAAUGCCUGGUGAGAAGGGUGCAAGGGGUGAACCAGGCGAGAAGGGCUCCGCAGGCUUCCCUGGGGCACGUGGCCCUGGCGGGCAGAAGGGAGAAGUUGGUGUGCCGGGGGAGCCUGGCGAGCCGGGCUUGCCUGGCCGGGAUGGCAUUGCUGGAGCACGAGGAGAGAAGGGGGACAUGGGGCCAUUGGGCUUGCGUGGCCCCAAGGGUGAGCGGGGCAUGAAAGGCGCCUGUGGCCUCGAUGGGGACAAGGGUGAGAAGGGAGAGCCAGGGCUGCCGGGGCGCUCGGGGCUGCCAGGAAGGAAGGGUGAGCCGGGAGAAUUGGGGUUGUCUGGAGCACCCGGCGUCCCUGGGAAGGAGGGUCUCAUGGGACCCAAGGGUGACCGCGGCUUCGAUGGGCAGCAGGGAGCCAAAGGAGACCAGGGGGAGAAAGGAGAUCGGGGUGCACCAGGCAUGAUCGGUACCCCUGGCCCCCGGGGCAGUGAUGGUGCUCCCGGCCCCCCUGGCCCCCCAGGCAGUGUUGGGCCACGAGGUCCUGAGGGCAUGCAGGGCCAGAAGGGGGAGAGAGGCCCCCCCGGGCAGGCAGUGAUGGGGGCCCGCGGUGUGCCUGGUAUCCCUGGUGAGCGAGGAGAGCAGGGCAGUCCUGGUGCUGAGGGACUCCGUGGGGAGAAGGGGGAUCCAGGCAUGACGGAGGAGGAGAUCCGUGCCUUCGUCAGGCAGGAGAUGAGCCAGCACUGUGGUGAGCACCUCACAUCCGCCCUGGGUUUGGGGGAUGCUCCACAAAGCUCCUCACUCACCUCCACCCCAUCUCUCCUGCAGCGUGUGGAGGGCAGCUCUCACGGCGCUUGGAUUCCCGUGAGCACUCAGGUUGUGUCUCUGUUCCUCUCCCCAUGCCCUUGCCCAGCUCGCAGCAUUCAGUGGGGCUGUAGGGUCAUAGAAUAUCCUGAGUUGGAUGGGGGGCGCAGCAGUGGGUGGGAUGGGGUACAGGGUCCCAGCACAACUGGAUGCUUUGUCUCCAAGGAGGAUGGGGGACUCGGCCCAGGAGCAUCCUUCAGUCUGCCCAUGGAGGAGGGAGAAGUGUCCGCCAAGAGAAGGAGCACAGCCAAACAGAUCACUUCCCCCAUUACCCACCCACUGAGCCAUUCCCAGAUCUUAGUGCUCACGUCGUCCCCGUGCUUAAAGUGUCACAUGCAGAGGAGGAGGAAGGGCAGGACAGGCGUGUUGUCGUUGACACCAAUGACCUGGAAUACGAGAGCAUGUAUGGAGAGCAGGAGGACUAUGACACAGCUCUGGAUGCAGACAGCUCGGAGCAGCUCGCAGAGGACGCUGAGCCCUGCAAGCAGCCCAUGGAGGAGGGGGGCUGCCAGCGGUACACACUGCGCUGGUACUACAACCAAAGAGCCGCCGAGUGCCGGCCCUUCGUCUACAGCGGCUGCCAGGGCAAUCUCAACCGCUUUGGCAGCCAGGAGGAGUGUGAGCUCCGCUGCAGGCAGCGCGUGGGGACAGGUGGGCACAGCACAGCUAUCAGCUCUGGCACCCUCGCACCUGGUGCCGUGCUUGGUGCCACCUCGCCUCCCCCCACAGGUGCUGGCAGCAGGGAAGGACGGCGGCCAGAGGCGUAGCGUGGUGAUCCCUGCAGGAACAUGGUGCUAUUUCUGACGUCUCUUCUUGUUGCUCAUGGGUUUUUCCCUUUACAUUGGUUCUAUCGCCCGUUAAAGGUGAAAUUUCUAUCAAAUGGGAACACAACCUCCCCAUAUGCCUUUUAUCUGCUUUCCAAACCAGAGCUCUCUUUGUUGUGUUGGUUUGAUUUUUAACUUAUUUGCUGCCAAUGGGAUAGCUCUUGGCCCCAUGUUCCUUUUUUGGCUGCCAGAGCUGGGAGUGGGCACAGUUUGGCCCCUUCCCCAAACCCAACACCUCAAAUCCCCGAGGCUGUGGGCUGCCCUCAUCACCCUCUUGGGCUCCCAGCAUGCAACCACGCAACCUCCAUUUGAAUGAAUUUCACCUUCACCCCACCUGGGACCCGGUUUCCCUUUUGGGGUGCAAUGGUUUGGCAGAGAACUGCAGGAGGGAGGGAGGCUUUGUCCAUGUACUGCCCUCCGGCUCACACCUCUGCCUGGAAACUGGGACACACCAGGGAGACCCUGAGGAUGGUGCUAUGUUAGAGGCGGUUCCUGCUCAUCAGGAAGGUGACGCUGGCUCCUGCGCAGCCUAGACGCACUGCUGCUCUGUGUAUAUCUGUAUACAGCGAAUGUAUAUGUGUACCAAUGCAGGGGUGGGACACGGUAUUAAAGAUGUGCUCAUGGAAGGAUGCUGUGCCUAUUUGUGUGCCACAGGGUCUGGGGCAACACAGCCAACCUGACCCCCAUGUCUCUGGCCCUAUGUCUGCUGGCAACCCGUGUCUUCCUGCCAGCAGUGCCCGCUGCCUGCCCUCCUGCCCUGGUGCCCCCUGUCCCCGUGCCCUGUCCCUGUGCCUUGCUGAUGCACACAUGCCCACAACCCACAGGCACAUGGGGCUGUGGUGCAGCAUGAAUCAGUGCCUCGGUCUAAUUUUGGCCAUUCUGCCAUGCUGGGGGGUGACUUCCUGUCCUAUCUCCAGGAGGAAGAACAGAGCUCCAUUUAUUUCCUCUCUCCACCACCCCACAGGCACAGUCACUCCAGCCCGCAGCAGAGCCUGUGGGCAUGCUCGGUUCUAUGCAGCAGCAGUUGGUUGGAUGUCCAAUGUGAGAUAAUUAUGCUGAGUUCCCGAAAUCCCCUCCAAAUUCAGCUCCAUGAGCUAUGAGGGGACAAACGCUCACCCGCAUCCCAAGGUGAUUUCAUCUGUGAUGAGUUAUUAUCUGUGUGUUAAUAGUGGCCCUGCUGCACGCCACCGGGGGGGCGGGAGGUGGAGCUGGGGCAGGAUAAGAGCCAGGGCUCAGCCCUGAGCAGGGCAAACCCCAUCUGCCACCCCUACACCGUGAGAGCAGCGGGGGACGAGGACUGCAGGAAAUGGUGAGGCUGCACCUCUGAGUGGUGCUUUGGGGGGAUUUACCUGGGACACGGGUCACAGGGGUUGGAUGCUUUCUGCCAUCACUCACCACUCAGUUUCCAGCUCAUCCAGCUGCCUCUGGCUGCCCGCUCCGGUGCUUUCCAAAGGGUUUCACCCAGGAGGUGGGGUGCAGGAUGAGGAUGCUGGCUGCAUUCCACUGCUUCUCUCUGGAUUUUGCAGCCAGCCCCGAGAGCAGCACAGGGUCCCGUGGAGGAGGAUGCUGAGGAUGCCGUGCACAUGGCUGUGUCAUGCUCUUGUCACCCUUCUGCUUACUUUGGGCAAAUCGUCCCAUCUGAGAGGGCAGCUUUUGCCCCACAGAGCUGAGGGGUGGCACUCCCGGGGGGCAGCAUGAAAGGAGGCAGUGGUGGCUUGAGUCCCAGUCCCACGUCACACGUUCCCGACCAAAGGGCAGCUGUGGGGCGGGGAGCGGCUGCGGGAGGAGACACUGUGUUGUCCCCAAGCUGCCA